CGGCUUCAUCUUUUGCCCAAAAUGGGGACUGUGCGAUAAAAGGCUCAUCCUGCACUCUCCGGUUCAUUUAUGACAAGUAUCAUGACGUUCCAUUCCUGUAGCAGGAGACCGACGAAAAUUCCCACAAAGAUGGUGCCAUGUGCAAGGGAACUUUUGUUUCUCGUUUGCGCCACGCUUGUGAUCCUUCUCGGUUGCCUCGGCUCCACCGACGCACUGGCUGGUCCCUCCCAGCCCCGAAACAACGGGCCCGUCACCAUCAAGGACGAGCGAAUUGUUCUUCCGAACGGCGUUCGGGCACAGGUGGUCUCGGCGCUUCCCGAGGGCUGGCCGAGGCAACAAAACCAAGACGAAAUUUUGAGCAAGAAGGGUGUGGACGAGGAGAAGCCAAAGCCACCCAUACUCUUUUUGCACGGGUCCUUUCACGGAGCCUGGUGCUGGCAGGAACACUACAUUCCUUUCUUUGUCGAGCGGGGGCACCCGUGCGUGGCCUUUAGCUGGAAGGGAACCGGUGGGACCCCCGCCGGGGAGGGCGUCACCAAGGUUCGUGUCGUGGAAGACCACUGCGCCGAUCUGGAAGCCCUGCUCGAUUGUCUGCCGUCCAUCCUUGGCGACACGGGCAGCGUUGGCGACGAGAGCCUUCGACCGAUCGUGGUGUCCCACUCCAUGGGGGGUGUCGUCGUCAUGAAGUUUCUCGAGAAAAUGGCGCGAUCGAAAGACCUACAACCCAGCGAGCUCUUUCGCGGCAUCGUCUCCAUGUGCUCGGUCCCGCCGAGCGGCAACAGCAAGACGACGAUGCGGUACCUGCGCAGAUCCCUGGUCGACACGUACAAGAUCACCGUGGGUUUUGUCCUCAAGAAGGUGAUCACGGACGACGCGAUCUGCCGGGAGUGCUUUUUCGGUGGCACCGGGAAGGGUCCGGAACCGGGCGUCUCGGAUGAGGACCUGGCGCGCUACCAGGGCUAUUUCGAGCGGGACACCCGGGCGAUCCUCGACGUGACCGACCUCAACCAGAUCGUCCCCUCCCGGUCCGCGGACUCCGGGGGAAGGGCGCCCUUUGUUGCGGACCUGCCCCCGUGCCUCGUGGUGGGUGCUAGGGACGACUUCAUCGUCGACGCCGUGGCGAACGCGGAGACCGCGACGUACUACGGCACAAGCGCACCGGUCUACGUCGAUUCCCCGCACGACGUGAUGCUGGGGGGGCAGUGGAGAAACGGAGCCGACGCGCUCCACGACUGGAUACAGGAAACCUUUCUGGCUUGAAAGAGACGAACGGGAACAAAACCGUUGGUUGGGGCGCAUAGGUUCAAGGGAAGAAUCAAAUUGAUAGCGAUGAAGUUGACUUUGUAGUUUGUUACUGUAGAAAGAAAAUGCCUGGAGAGGUUCGGAAUCAACGCUUCCAGCUGAUGGUUUAUCGAAAAAUAGACAUGAUAACCAAGAGGUCUACUUUCUAGUUUGUUAGAAAAAAGCUUUUGAUCCUUUCGGCCGAGUGAUUCUAUUCUACCGUUGCCUACGUGUGGUGCAAUGCCGCAAUCUGGGCCUCGGUCAUGACCCCGAAUCUAGCGCAAAUCGCUUGGUACCACUCCGGAUUGCCGUGGAAGGAAUAGUCCAUCGUCAUUUCUUCUCCCGGAUCGAUGUCUCUGAGAGCUCCAUCGGGACCCGUGUUGGGAUCGGAGCUGUGGUUUGUGAGCCGCCCGGCGUCGGUGGGAUUCGAGUGGAAGAAAUUGUCGUCGUUGCUGGCGUUUCGUGGUGUGGUUUCGCCCUGUUUUUGUGGCGGCGACAUUGUCUCGGAGGAAUGCUUCGGGGGCAGCACGAAUCCCUGUCUCAGAAACACCCUUGUUUCUUCUAGGUCGUUUCCAAACGUUUUUUGAAUGUAGUCUUCGAGAUCAUCGCGGUGAAUCGACUUCACUCGAUGGGUCCACACCCACAGUUUGGUUCCCUUCGCAAUGGGUUCUUUCGCAAAGACGCCCCUUUGACCCUCUCCGUGGUGUGGAGUUUCUUUUAUUACCACUGGAACAAGAUAGGACGCAUGGGUUGGAAAGUGGUAGAUCUCGUUGGAUUUGGUGUGAUCUUUGUCGGUAGUCAUGGUGGCUAGUGCUUUGUUUCGGUUCUUCUGAACGGGAGUAUUUUUUUGGGUUCGGAUUUUUAUGCAAAAGUGAUUGCUAUGAGAGGUCUCGUCUUCACCUAGAAGUAACUUCUACGAGUAUGCGUAGUGCCACUUUCUUGGUACUCGUGCUCGUAUCUUACAGUGCUCAGGCAAUUUUUUCAAGGCGGAUGGAUGACACCGUACGGUCUUCAGUCUUUACUUGUAACUGUACAUACGGUACAAUAACUACGGUACCAUACUAUUGGGAUCUGUUCUCUGAUGUCUUGAAACUGCUCAGUUUUCGUUUGGGUUUGGAAGGAGGGAACGGGAAAUUAUUUCUUGAGAAAAUAUUUUAAAUUCUUCAAUAAUUUUUUUGUGUGGUG